CUUCUCAUUCCCAAAUUUUCUGCUUUGUGCAAAACCAGAAAGUAAAAAGAACAGAGCUUUGAUAUCCUAAGCUAAUGUCGGACGAGGAGCACCAUUUCGAGUCCAAGGCCGACGCCGGCGCCUCCAAAACCUAUCCUCAGCAGGCCGGUACUAUCCGUAAAAACGGCUACAUCGUCAUCAAAGGCCGUCCUUGCAAGGUUGUCGAAGUUUCCACUUCCAAGACUGGGAAGCACGGACAUGCUAAGUGUCACUUUGUUGGGAUCGACAUCUUCACUGCUAAGAAGCUGGAAGAUAUCGUUCCUUCUUCCCACAAUUGUGAUGUGCCACACGUCAACCGUACUGAUUACCAAUUGAUCGACAUUUCCGAGGAUGGAUUUGUGAGCUUGCUGACCGACAGCGGAGACACUAAGGAUGAUCUAAGGCUCCCAACUGAUGAAAACUUGUUGAAACAGAUCAAGGAGGGUUUCGCCGACGGGAAAGACCUCGUGGUGUCUGUUAUGUCGGCAAUGGGGGAGGAACAGAUUUGUGCACUCAAGGACAUUGGUCCAAAAUAGUAAGAGACUUUUAUUUGCAGCCUGUUUAUUGCGAUUUUACAUGGAAAGAUUUUUGUUAAAAAGCGUUUAUAGUUUGUGCCUGAUAUAAAUGGUGUUGGAUUGUUUAUCAUGUUUGGUAGGGAUACCAAAAAAACACCACCAGAAAUAGUUGUUUGUUGUGCUAUGUUAAAACUGUUCCUCUUCGGGUUAAGAAACCGUCACGUGAUUAUAUUGAUAUUUAUAAAAAUAAAAUAUAAAUAAAUUCGACA